CUCUAAGCAUCAAAGGAAGAAGACAAAUCAGGAAAAAAAAAAAAAAAGGAAAAAAGAAACUAAAAGAUAAGGUAGUGUUGUUUCUGUAGAAGUUGAGAGGAUGCAUUUGAAUCAAAGAAGGAGGUGAAUUUUGUUAAUGGCUUUUUGUGUCUCAAACUCUGCAAUUUUUCAGGCAUGGAAAUUAAAAUCAACCCCACGUAGCUUGUUUGGUUGGAACUUUGGCAAGAAAAAUCCUGAUAAUGAGCAUACUCCACAGCCUAACUAUCAUCACAACAUUGAUCUUCCCUUUCCUCUUUCUCUGGUGGACAAAACUUUCCUCAGAGGUAGAGAACUAAAGUGCUGCUACAAGGCCACCAUUGAUGGCUUCAGUGCAACUGAUUUCCACAGCUGCUGUGAUUUCAAGGGUCCAUGUGUGAUAAUCGGAUACACAAACAAGUCAUUCAAGUUUGGAGCUUUUAAUCCUGAAGGCUAUAGGAGCACCGAUGAUUAUUAUGAUACGUUUGAUGCAUUUCUCUUUUAUUGGAUAGAUAAUGAGGAGAUUGAUCCAUCCCUUCUGCCCAAAGUUGGGGGCAGUGGUGCAGCUCUUUUUGAUUAUGCUCGAGGUGGGCCUCAAUUUGGGGCAGAUGGGCUGCUCAUUGGGCCCCCACUUGCCCCGGUCAUGGGUGGGUUCACCGGACCGGAUACUAGUUCUGGCGUUGGGGACCUCAGGCAAGGUAAGUCUAGACUGGGAUUGUCCUAUGCCAAGAGAAAAGAUGGGAAGGGGUCAAUUUUUGGUGAUGAAUCCAGGGCUACUAUUGAAGAAGUGUUGGUCUUUUGUAGUCCUGAGAUUGCAAGCUUAUACUAAGUUUAGAAUAAUUUAUUGUUAUUUAGUAUAUGUUGAUUGUAACAUAAAUAAUUGAAGUAUGCAGCAGGAGCCACUGAACUUGAAUAUUGAGCUUCUUUAAAACUUCACUUUCAGUGCAAA